UGGCAUGGCAUACCACAGAACGAGCAGAGCAACACAUUGCUCAUAACAUAACCUACAAAAAACUUAUAAAACAAUAACCUACAAAAACAGUUUAGGAAUACAAAACCAGCGUAAUUUAAAAUUGUAGUUGCUUUAGGAGUUAAAAAAAUGCCCUUAAUUGUAAUAUCUGGUAUUCCAAGCAGUGGAAAAACUACAAGAAGCAUAGAAUUAAAACAGUUUUUUGAGGAACAUGACAAGGAAGUGCAUAUAGUAAGCGAAUUUGAACAAAUAAAAAAGGCAGGAUUUGAGAAAAACUCGUUUUAUGCAGACUCCAACAAGGAAAAGCAUAUAAGAGGUUUACUGAAAUCGGAAGUGUUGAAACUGAUAUCAUCCACAAAUGUUGUUAUACUAGAUGCUUUAAAUUACAUUAAAGGUUAUCGCUAUGAGCUUUUUUGCGGUACUAAAGCGAAUAGAAGUACGCAGUGCACUGUUCACGCUGAAAUAAACAGAGAACAAGCAUGGACAUUUAACACAAGCAGAGAGAGUGAAGAGGAAAAAUAUGAUAGAGCUACGUUUGAUGCACUUUUAAUGAGGUAUGAAGAACCCGACGGAAGGAAUAGAUGGGACGCACCUUUAUUUAUGAUCUUUCCGGAACAGACAUUGGAGAAAGAUGCUAUCUAUUCGAGCUUGUUUAAGAAACCUCCUCCAAAACCUAAUAUGUCUACACAAAAUGCGCCCCUGAGUUCAACAAACUUUCUGUACGAUUUAGAUCAAGUUACAAAGAAAAUUGUAGAUGGCUUAAUUAAAGAGAAAAGUGGUGGUGCAACGGGGGUAAUAAAAAUUCCGGAUUAUGAAGAUUUGUGUAUUGAUAUAUCGGACGUAAGUGUACCUCAGUUGAACAUUUUACGAAGGCAAUAUUUGACUUAUUCUAAAAUGCACGCGCCUGAUCCAAAGGAUGUACCCAAUUUAUUUGUGAAAUAUUUAACUGCAAGUUUAAAGUAGGUUAUAUAUAUGCUUAUAAUUUUAUAAAAUAUAACUAUAAUACUGUU